AUGAAGCUAGGUUGCAUUCUUGUAUUUGUAUGUACUUUUUCCACCUUCCUCAGCCUCACGCUCGGAUCAGCAAGCACAGAAGUGAAUCUAUCAUUUUGUCCGCGUCACUUGGACUUGCCAGGGAAAUGUAGCACUUCUCGGAGUUGCGGUCUAGAUAUGAAUGCUGCAUUAGGGGCAAGCGCCAUGGUUCAAGACUGUAUUUGUGAAGAUCUUGCCAACAAUAUGCACCGUUGCACAUGUUGCUGCAAAUGUCAAAUUGUGAAGGAUAGAAAGACUCUUUUUCUUGCAAGCAUUUUUGUCGAUGGUCAACUAAAUUACAAAUUGUUUUUCAAAUCCAACAAAUUCGUCCUUCAAGAACGCCUCCACGAGCUUUCUUCUCAGAAUCAGGUUCAAGAGAAAGCUCUACCAACAUCUUCCAUCUUCCAUUGA